AUGUAUAUCAGGAUACUGCACAAAUGUAUAUGCGUAUAAAGCACACAUUAACCUCCUAGUGUAUGCAUAUAAAUUCCCCUUUUACAUUUCCCAUAAUACUUAUUUUAGUGCUCUGCACAUCCAUUCACCCUCGCACUAUUUGUAUCCCCGUUUACAGUUUAACAGUUUCACCUACUUUUCUGUAUAUAAUUGACUCAUAUGUUUAUGUUUGUUUAUCUGUGUUUAAUGUUGUUUUGUGAGUUACCUUGAAAUAUCCACACAGUGAGGAGAAUGAGGUCACCCUAUUUCCCAGCGAGGUCGGUGCUUUUCCACAAGGAACCCAACGGAGUGACGUACAGAGUCCCAGCACUGCUCUACCUGUCCCGCUCCAGGUCCUUCCUGGCCUUCUGUGAGGAGAGACUGAGCCCGUCCGACUCUCAGGCUCACCUGCUGGUCAUGAGGAAAGGCACUUUUUACAGAAACUAUGUAGAGUGGGAGGACAUGCGAGUCCUGGGCACUGCAUUCCUGCAAGGCCACCGGUCCAUGAACCCGUGCCCGGUGUACGACGAGUUCACAGGUACUCUCUUCUUGUUCUUCAUCGCUGUCCUCGGCCACACCUCGGAGUCCUAUCAGCUGGUGACGGGGAAGAAUGUGACCCGGCUCUGUUACAUCUGCAGCACUGAUGAAGGGGACACCUGGAGUCCUAUCACAGACAUCACCAAGAGGGUCAUCGGAGACACUAUCAAAGAAUGGGCCACCUUCGCUUUGGGCCCGGGCCACGGCAUCCAGCUGAAGUCGGGUCGUCUGCUGAUUCCUGCUUACGCCUACCACAUCGAGUGCAAAGAGUGCUUCGGACAGCUCUGCCACUCCACUCCCCACGCCUUCUGCUUCCACAGUGACACCCAUGGGCGAACCUGGCGUUUUGGAGAGCCAGUGCCGGUGCCAGAGAGUGUGGAGUGUCAGCUGGUGUCUGUGGAUGAAGAAGAUGGGACUAAUGUCUUGUAUUGUAACGCACGCAGCCCUCUCGGGUACAGGGUGCAGGCCCUAAGUCUGGACGAUGGAGCGGCCUUUCAGGAGGGGCAGUUGGUGCAGCGACUGGUGGAGCCUCGGAAUGGUUGUCAUGGUAGCAUUGUGGGAUUUCCUGCCCCGUUACAUUCAUCUCUUGAGCAUCAUUUGCACCAGCCUCGCUCCAGACACUGGACAUCCUGCACGACCAACUCCAGUCAAACUCUGUCUCCAAACACCUCUGCUUCCACCACCCUGACACCCAAUCACCCUAAUUUCCUCACCCCCACCUGGGUGGUGUACUCCCAUCCAACAUGGACCACCGCACGCAAAGAUCUGGGCAUCUUCCUCAGCCUGUUUCCCCGUGAUCCAGACAGUUGGCGUGGCCCCUGGGUGAUCUAUGAGGGCCCCAGUGCCUACUCUGACCUCGCCUAUUUGGAGUUGCCCUCCUCACCUGGUGCACCGCCUGCUGUGGCCUUCGCCUGCAUGUUUGAGUGCGGCGCCAAAACAGCCUAUGAUGAAAUCUGUUUCAGCAUCUUCACUCUCUACGAGCUUAUUGAUAAUCUGCCCCGAGAGGCGCAGCUGGGGAAGCAUGAAUGUAAGAGACGGCAGAAUCAAGAGACAGAUUGUACACGCAGACAUGACCCUCAAAAUGCGGUAGUUUUCCAUCAGGUGUCUCGUGUGAAGAAGAGGAGGAAGAUGAGCAUGCUGACUGAGAUGUGCUCUGUUUCUUGAAUGUAGUUUUUUGGCUUUUGUUAAGUGUCUUCCGAUAAUUUUCACUCCGUGACCACUUUAUUAAAUACACGUGAAAAAUCUAAUACAACAGUUCAUACAAGUCUACUUGUAUGAUGCUGGCAUUAUAGAGCAUUAGGCUGUUAAUAAAAACCACCACGUCGUGCACUGAUGACGUGGUCCUUAUCAGAGGUGCAUCGGGACACAAAAGCAUUUACGCUGCAGAAAGUCUGUGGUCAAAUGUGUCAGCAAGUGGUUUGAAUGAUCAGAUCACACCCAUUCUUGGUAGUCGUUUACACUUAUAUUCAGCACUGUCCACUUGUGAUUGGAUUACCCAAAACUCACGUUCAUACCAGGUGUAAACCGCCUCUGACAGAGCUCUACAGGUGUACCUGAUAAAUUGGCCACAGAGUCUAUAUCCACAAUGUAUUACAGAUUAUGGCACACAUUUUUGACAUUUUUGACUUUUGAUGAAAAUCCAUUUGUUAUUUGUUUGUAUGACUGGGUAAA